AUGGAGAUGUUUAAACAUAUUUUGUUUGAGUUCGUGUGCAUAGUUGCUCUAACAACGCAGCUGGUUCAUGGUCAGAGUCAAUCAGGUUUUAUAAGCAUAGACUGUGGAAUAUCAGAAAACUCUGGCUAUACUGAUAAGCUAACAGGCCUAAAUUAUACUUCUGAUGCAACAUUCAUAGAGACUGGUGUAAGCAAAAAUAUAUUGCCAGAAUACACCAAUAUCACCCUGGAACAACAAUUCUUGAAUGUUAGAAGCUUCCCAGAAGGUGUAAAAAAUUGUUACACCCUGAAAGUGAAACCAUUACAUGGAAAUCUAAAGUUUUUGAUCAGAGCAAGAUUCAUGUAUGGCAACUAUGAUGGCCUGGGGCAAGUUCCAAGCUUUGAUCUACUUCUUGAAGCUGAUGUGUGGGAUUCAGUGGAACUGAAAGAUGCAUCCACUAUUGUAACAAAGGAGAUCAUUCAUAUCCCCAAGAAAAAUUAUGUAUAUGUUUGCCUUGUGAACACAGGCUCCGGAACACCUUUCAUUUCAGCAUUAGAAUUGAGGCCUGUAAGUAAUUCCACCUACCAAACUGAAUCAGGAUCACUGCUACUCUCUUGGCGGUGGGAUGUUGGUUCAAAUAACAAUGGAACAUCCAGAUACAGAGAUGACCCUUUUGAUCGCAUAUGGACACCCUACAACAGCAACAGCUGGGUAGUGAUAAGCAGUUCCCAGCCUAUCGAUUCCAGUGGGACCGACUACAAGCCACCAUCUGCUGUCAUGAAAACUGCAGUGGUACCAGCAAAUAUAAGCAAUUCCUUGCAGUUCAGUUGGGAUCGCUCAAAUAACAUCUCAGGAUUUUAUGUUUAUUUCUACUUUGCUGAAGUUCAAGGGAAUCGACUCAACCAGACUAGAGAACAGGCCAUCUACUUAAACGGGAAUCUCUGGAACAACCCCUCUGUGAUUUAUGUGUACAACUUAUUCGCAACAACCUUUCGCAGCACAAGAGCCAUGGAAGCAGAAACGAUUGAUUUCUCAAUCAACAAAACUGAAAAUUCAUCCUUACCACCCAUCCUUAACGCUUUUGAGGCAUAUGCAGUAAAGGAAUUCUCUCAAUUCCCAACAAACCAACAGGAUGUUGAUGCUGUCAUGAAUAUCAAUUCAAUGUAUGAAUUGAGAAGCAUUUGGCAAGGAGAUCCAUGUGGCCCUAAAAAUUAUAUGUGGCAAGGUAUUAAUUGCAGCUAUGAUGACUAUAAUCCCCCCAGGAUUAUAUCCCUGAACUUAUCAUCUAAGGGAAUAUUUGGGGAGAUAUCUCCUUAUAUAUCCAGUCUCAUUUCGAUAGAAUCUUUGGACUUGUCGAAUAACAACUUGACUGGAUCAGUGCCUGAAUUUUUAUCACAGCUACCAUUCCUCACAGUGUUAAACUUAAGUGGAAAUAAACUCAAAGGUUCAAUUCCAGCCGCCCUCAUGGACAGAAAACAGAGUGGUUUGCUAUCACUAAGCGUGGAAGGAAAUCCAGAUCUUUGUCUUGAAGCUUCCUGCAAAGGCAGAGAUAAAAACAAACUUACUGUUCCAGUAGCAGUUGUUCCAAUAGUAGCAGUAACAGUUUUAAUUUGUGUCAUCCUAACUGCAAUGAUUAUUUUAUGGAACUUUAAAACAAGAAAACGAGUUGCAAAGCAGAAUAAUAAAUCAUUCGAGUCAAAAACUCCGAGGUAUAAAUACUCUGAUUUGGUGGGAUUUACCAAUAACUUUGAGAGGGCUAUUGGCAAAGGAGGAUUUGGAGCAGUUUACCACGGAUACUUGGAUGACACUCAAGUAGCUGUGAAGAUGCUCUCUUCAUCAUCAGUUCAAGGAUUUAAGGAAUUUAAAGCCGAGAUUGAGCUUCUUAUGAGAGUUCACCAUAAGAACUUGACAACACUUGUUGGAUAUUGCGAUGAGCCCACAAACAUGGGAUUGAUCUAUGAGUUCAUGGCUAAUGGAAACUUACAGUCACAUCUUUUAGAAAAUGAUGCAGACACCUUAAGCUGGGAAGGGAGACUUCGAAUAGCAACAGAGGCCGCACAAGGAUUGGAGUACCUCCACAGUGGUUGUAAGCCACCCAUAGUCCACAGGGAUGUGAAGACCACAAACAUUUUAUUGGAUAAAAGAUUCCAGGCCAAAUUAUCUGAUUUUGGUCUUUCCAGAAUUUUUUCAGUUGAAAGUGGAACUCAUGUGUCAACAGUUGUUGCUGGCACCCCUGGAUACCUUGACCCUGAGUACUAUAUAUCAAACAGGUUAACAGAAAAAAGUGAUGUGUAUAAUUUUGGGGUGGUUCUCUUGGAAAUAAUCACAGACAAACCUGUCAUUGAUACUCUUGACCCUGAGAGGACUCAUGUAAGUCAGUGGGUAAGUUUCAUGCUUGCCAAGGGAGAUAUUGCGAAUAUUGUUGAUCCAAGAUUAAAUGGGGAUUUUGAAACCAACUCUGUUUGGAAGGCUGUGGAAAUAGCAAUGACUUGUGUUUCUCCAACUUCUGCUAAAAGACCAACCAUGAAUCGGGUAGUAAUGGAACUGCAUGAGGCUUUGGAAAUGGAGGUAGCCCAUAAGAAGAUGGGCAAGGAUGCUGAAUCAAAAGAUUCUAUGUUGUCGAUGAAUUUGAAUCUCGACACUGAAAUGUCUCCUAUAUUAAGGUAAUACUUUACAAAAAGUAUCCCACUUAACCAAGAAGCAGGUCUGUGUUUCUUCAUCUCCCAGGUCUUGGAAUAACCUUCCUGUGUACUCUAGGAAAGUUAAAGAACAGAGCUGCUGCAAUUGUUGAAGCAGAAAAAAGAAGGAAACAGCAUUAUUUGGUGUUUGACAGACAUAUUCAUACAUAUGCAGGGCUACAUAUAUGAAUAUAAACUGAAAUUUUCUUCAUAUGAAACAAAUAAGUAUGUUUGUUUAAGUGAUGAUCAAUUCAACAAUAUAACUAGGUCCUGUCAAAUGACAUAAUACUCUUUUGUUU